AUGGAGGAUUUAAAGAGCCACUCGACUUCUUCGAUUGCUCUGCUGAAGAGAAGGCAGGCGGAUGCUGAGAAAGGAAACUUCUCCAACUUCCCUGCCCUGAUCAUAUUCACCGACAAUGAGGGGUUGAACCAGGGGAGGAGCUUUCCUCUUCGGUUUCAUACGGAAGCACAGCUGCUCGAGUGCUAUCAAAAGGUGUCGAACCAGAUGAAUGAGAUGAAAUUGCACGACACGCUCUUCUCGAGCUUCACCAAGUUUCGGCUCUUCAUGAGAAGGAUGUACCAGUCGGAAGCCUUCCAGCUGCUCUUUGGCUUCUCUAUUGGGGCGAUCUUCUUCCUCAACUGCGUUCAGGCAGAGUUGACUCCUUCCAGCGACUCAGUAGCAAGCACAGUCUUCAAUGUGACCGACAUCAUCUUCACAGCUAUCUUCACCUUCGAGCUUGCACUCAACAUUUUUGUCAAUUGGAAAGGGAAGUAUGGGAUGAAAUUUUGGCUCAAUGGGUGGAACAUUUUUGACACUGUAAUCGUGAUCGUUUCUCUGCUGUCUCUGGCACUACCUAAAGUGCCUGCCUUCACCACCCUGCGAAUGCUGAGAGUUUUCAGGGCAGCUCAGCUUUUCAAAAGGAUGAGACAUCUUCGCGUCAUCUUCAAUGCGAUUCUUGGCAGUUUGCUGCCAGUUCUCAACUCAGUGUUGAUUCUUGUCAUCGUCACCUCCAUGUUCGCGAUCAUCUCAGUGGAUCUCUACGGUACAAGGAGACCUGAUCUUUUUGGGAAUUUUGAACUCGCCAUCUUUACCAUGUACCAGUGUGCUACUGGAGAUGCGUGGGCAUCUUCAGUUGCCAGGCCUCUCUUUUCUUCAUCUGACAAGACUGUAAUGAUAUUCUUUGUGGUUUACAUGAUCAUCUCUUCCAUGAUUCUGCUCAACGUAGUCGUUGCCGUGAUGCUCGACAACUUCAUUCGAUGCGUGAACGAGGAAGAGCAGGGUAUAAGAAAGAAGCAAGCUGAAAACAAUCGGCAGGGAAUAGACAAAUCUAUCCGUGUGCUCGAUCCAAUUCUCAGCAAGCUGAUUGUCUUUGACAAUGCAGAUCACUUUGAGCAGAUGGUUGACUCAGUAUUUGACAGGCUUGACCUCCUUGGCUCGAACUCCUUGUCCUUCUCAGAGCUGCAGACUGGCCUCAAAGCAUUUCACACAGACCCGAUGAUCUUGUUGGGCUUCGAUGACUUCCAGUACAUCACUCGGAAUGUGGAGCUCGGACAGGACAGGAGAAUCACGAGAGAACAAUUCGUGGAAAUCUUCCAAGAGGAGUUUGAACUCUACUCUGCCCGUAAACUCGCAGAGGCGCAAAAAUGGUCGCGCGACGGAGAGUCACCGGUCAGUUUAGCAAUGAAGCUUGCGCUGAUACAGGGAAACCCUGAGUGGUACGGGGACGACGAUGAAAAGCUCUCACUGGUGGACAAGCUCAAGCGUGUGACGGCAGAAAGAGACGCAGCGUUGAGUGAGCUCAAGCGGUUGAAAGGACUUGGCGACAAUGACGUGGGCACGCAACGCGUUGGCUUGAUUGGCAGCGGGACCGGCGGGUACGGCAUGAAUGGUUUGAGGGUCAACGGUGCGGGGGUGAACGGGCAUGGCCCACCACCCGCCUCAUCGCGACCGUCGCUCCUCUCAAGCUAUCUCGAGAGGCAGACCGGUUUCACGGCCCGAGCGUACGACGACAGUGAAGAAUGGGAGGGUGCUAACGGAGACAAGUUCAUCUUCUAG